CUUGGGCUCUGAGCAACUGGUAUCUGGACCCUGGUGGGCUGCGGAACGCUGAGAGCCCGUGUGCCCUUCAGAGAGCCUGGCCCGGGCCCAGGGGACGCUCUUCAUUUUGGUUUCCUUCCCUCCUGGAUGAUCUUGGCAGGCUGGGAUCACGAGGAGGGCGUGGGCCGAAAAUGACUUCAUCUGGUUGGGGAAACUGAGGCCUCCACUCAGCCCCACCCUGCCCCUCUUGUCUGCAGACCUUCUGGGCACCGCAGCCCGCACACCUGGCAGAUGAGACCAUGACACACAUGUUGGCAGGAGGCCAGGGUCUCAGAGACUCACGGACGGGGUCCCAUGGGUUUUCAUUGCACAGAUGGGGAAACUGAGGCCUGGAGAAACGGAAUGGUUGGUUCCUGGCCACCCAGGAAGGAGGAGCUGGAGAGACACUGAGGGUUCAAGAUCUUCUCUUGCUCUUUAAGAGAACCCACGAUUGGUUCCACGCACCCACGCCGAGUUGUGAGCAACUAGACAAGAGGACCCAGAGAGGUUUGGCUACCAUCGAAUGUCACAGAGCCAACCAGGGCUGAGAUGGCAGUUCACCCUGAUCUUGCCGAUCGCCGCCUCUUGGGGACCCCGUGCUCCCUCAGACCCCGCCUCUUCCCGCCGCUUCUGUUCUUGCUGUGGACUCUCCUGAGCUGUGAUGUCAGGGGCGCUGUUCAGGGUCCCGGAGAGUGGACGCCCUGGGGGUCUUGGAGCAGGUGUUCCAGCUCGUGUGGUCGGGGCGUCUCAGUGCGCAGACGCCACUGUGUCCGACUUCCCGGGGAGGAACUUUGCUGGGGGGACAGCCAUGAAUACCGGGUGUGCCAGCUGCCGGACUGCCUGCCAGGGGCCAUACCAUUCCGAGACCUGCAGUGUUCUCUCUACAAUGGCCACCCUGUCUUGGGCACCCAGAAAACUUACCAAUGGGUGCCCUUCCACGGGGCGCCCAAUGUGUGUGACCUCAACUGCCUGGCUGAAGGCCACGCCUUCUACCACAGCUUUGGCCGCGUGCUGGAUGGCACCCCUUGCACCCUGGGGACUCAGGGUCUCUGCGUGGCAGGCCGCUGUCUGAGCGCAGGCUGUGACGGGCUCCUGGGAUCUGGCACCCUCGAGGACCGCUGUGGCCUCUGUGGUGGCACCAACGACUCUUGCCUGUUCGUGCAGCGCGUGUUCCGCGACGCAGGUGCCUUCGCCGGCUACUGGAACGUGACUUUGAUCCCCGAGGGCGCCAGGCACAUCCGCGUAGCACAGCGCAGCCACAACCACCUGGCGCUGGUGACCCGUGAUGGGCACUACGUGCUCAACGGCGACGGGGUGCUCAGCCAGCCUGGCACCUAUGAGGCCGCGGGCACCCGUGUAGUUUACACCCGCAGUGCCGGCCCAGAGGAGAUUCUGCAGGCGACCGGGCCCACCUCCCAGGAGCUGUUGUUGCAGGUACUGCUGCGGGAGCCCAACCCGGGCGUGCACUUCGAGUUCUGGCUGCCCCGGGAGCGCUAUGGCCCCUUCCAGACUCAGGUGCAGGCCCUUGGCUGGCCCCUGCGACAGCCUCAGCCUCGGGAAGUGGAGCGGCAACCUGCAGAGACCCCUGUGGUCCCUGAAGCCAUCCCUGCCCGGGUUGCAUCCCUGGCACCAGACCCCUGUGGGCCAUGCCCUGACAGCCGUGGUCGCGCACACCGGCUCCUUCACUACUGCGGCAGCGACUUUGUGUUCCAGGCCCGUGUGCUGGGCCACCACCGCCAGGCCCAGGAUACUCGCUACGAGGUGCGGGUCUUGCUCAUCUACAAAAGCCGCUCACCUCUGCGAUCUCGAGAGUAUGUGUGGGCACCGGGCCACUGUCCAUGUCCACCACUGGCCCCACAUCGAGAAUACCUGUUGGCUGCCAGGCGACUCGUCAGCCCUGAUGGCACACAGGACCGGCUACUGCUGCCUCACGCUGGCUAUGCUCGACUCUGGAGUCCUGCUGAGGACAGCCGGGUCCGACUGGCUGCCCGGCGCUGUCCAGUCUAAAUCCCCGAUGGUUGGAGCCUCACCAGGCUUCUGUUCUGGGGUCCCAUGAGUCAGGAAAAUCUCCCACCUAGAAGCUCAUAUAUUUUAACCAGGGUCUUACUGUGUACUCAACCCUGGCUGGCCUGGAACUCUGUGUAGACCAGGCUGGCCUCGAAGUCACAGAGCUCCAUCUGUCUGUCUCUCCAGUGAACACUGGGAUUAAAGGUAUACACCAUAUCUGAGAACUGUAAGAAGCUUCAAGACCCUGGGCUACCUUUCCUCUAAAGAACGCAUGUUCGUCCCUUUUCAAACUACUAUUUUUUACAAGACAGUGGAAAAAAAAAAGAACAAAUCCCUCCCCUCUCACCGAGUUCUCGGGACUCCAGAACAUGCUAGCAGAGUGGCAGGCACUGUGCACAGACACACCGUCUCCAUCUUUUCCUCGUCUGCCCGACACUGAGUGCAGACCGGCACAGGAAGUAUGAGACGUUGAAGUACAUGCAGGAACCAGUGUGCAUCCUGCUCAGGCCUCUAUGCUAUGGGCUCAUUUCUGCCUCCCUAUAGCAUGUGUCUGUCCUACAGUCACUCAGCAAACCAUCCCCAGUGCUAUAUACCUUAAGGCUAUCCUCUCUGGGUCCUGAAUGUGUGACGUGGUCUGGCCGGUUGUCUCACCCUUCUGCCUCGGUUCUCACAUCUGCUAGCUCUGACUGUGGACACUCAGCCUUCCAGUGACUAUUGAGCACCGACCCAGCGAGUCCUGGGGAGGUGCAGUGCUGUGCUUGGAUAAGCAUGGGUCACUUUGUCUAACAGGGCUUUCUAAGGUAGUCUUUUAUGGCACUGGGGUGUGGAGAGAACCAAAAAUCUCCCCCCAACCCCACACAGUGUAGCUCCGUUCUACAGGGAUCUGCGGAGUCCUUGCGCCCCCUGGUGGCUGGCCAUGGAUUCCCAGGUUAGGAGAUGGUCUGCAAGGGGCCAGCUGCUGCAGGGUUUGGGAACCUCUCCCACCUACAGUGGCUGGCCAGUGUGACACUAGAGACCAGGGCAGGGUCAUCCCUGACGGGGGUCCCUGUCCUGAGCCUGACGCACAUGGCAGGAGUAGUAGCAGAAACAUGGCACAGGAAAGGCAUAGGAGGUUGGUCCCACUGUGGUGAGCGUGUUGGACUUUCCCAAGCCAGGAGUUGGCCCAUGUGGCCCGUGCAUAUUAAGAUUCUCUCCUGGGCUGGAGAGAUGUCUCAGUGGUUAAGAGCACUGACUGCUCUUCCAGAAGUCCUGAGUUCAAUUCCCAGCAACCACGUGGUGG